UUGAAAUCGUGCACUUAACACCGAAAUACAAGAUCGCGUUCCUGGUAUUUAUUUUAUUAAUUUCUAAAACAAAAGAGAGGAUCGCGUUCGUGCAUGGCGUGGGAAAGCCGCAUGGAUUUUAAGAAAGCAGGUUAAAUGAUAGGUGCUGCUGAGCGGUAGUAUUUUCCUUUUAGAUCUCUCCAUCUCUGACUUGAAGCUGACUUUUCGAGUAUGAUAGAACGGUUUGUGAGCCUUGCAAGGGCUCUGUGAUUCCUCCUCUUUGGGAGAAAGUACUUUGUUUACGAGACGGGAAACUGAUAGCUGUCAGACCGUCAUACCCGCGUAAUACUGACCUACUGUAGUACAGUAAUCCUUGCUUUGAAAGCGAGUGGACGUGGGGGGACGGGUUUUCCGCCGGGUUUCUGGUCACCAAAAGGGAGAAAUCGCUGGGGUUGUAGCAGCCUUUAAAACUUAAUAUAAGAUUUUGCGAAAAGAUGCAAGACGUGGUAGUUCUUCAAAGAAUACUCUGACUAGUGCAUUCCCCCGGGGGGGCUGUAUUAUCUUAGUUUUAGUCACAUCGGCUCCCGAUCUCUUUGGUCGUUGGCUAAAAAUCAAAUUUUACAUCAGAAAAAUGCUUUGAAAUUACUUUAAGGCUUCAGGUUUUUAAGGACACGUUUUGUGUCCGUGGUACCAAUAAUAGAUUUCGCGCCGCUGUGCUCUUUAGAUACAGGUAGGCUCUCGGGACCAGUCGUUUGCCAGGGCCGUGUCUGAUGCGUGCGAACCGCUGGCCAGAUGUUUUGAUGAGGUUCUCUUUGUUCCCCUCAUACCAGCUAAAAUCCUGACCAGACGUGUCUCGCCCUCCUGUAACCCGAGAGAUUUUACUAUUAAGGAGAUUAUUUGUCCGUUCUGAUCUCUCGACUGGGGGAUUAGAUGACGCUAUAUUGUCAGAUCCGGAUUAUAGUAAAUCUUCACUAGCGGCUGCUCUAAUGUUACAUUAAGUGGGAAAUGCUUUGUGUCUGGGUGAGAGAGCGUGAUUUAAUUGACACAGCCACAGGGAAAUAAACAGAGGUCGAGACUGAGUUGUCAGUCUUUUUAGAUUUGGUGGGCUGCGAUGCAUUUAAAACCAUAAUCGCCUUUUUUUUUAACGCGAUCGACGGACGAUUUUUCAAAACAAACUUUUUUUCAGCGGUUUUUUUAUUUCAUUGUCGCUUGUUUUGAUACGUUUUUAACGCUUUUUUAUAUAAAACCCCCCUUUUUUAAAAAAAAAUCAAGAGUUUUGUAUUUAGAGCGCAUAUAGAUCUGCAGGCAUUGUUUUCUACUUAGUUUUUGGUUCGUUUUUUUUAAUUUUUACGUAUAUGUAUAGACAUUGUAUGUAAGGUUGGAGAACGAAGGGAUAUUUAGGACCGCACACAGAGGAGGCAUGGAGGAAGAAAAGGUACCAGCAAUCGCAGAGAUUGAUCCGGACUUUGAGCCUCAGAGCCGGCCCAGAUCUUGCACAUGGCCGCUGCCCAGGCCCGAUAUUUCUACUGUCAAACAAGAGGGAGCGGACGGGGGCGUGUCCGCCGCGGCGACCCCGCCCACCGAGGAAGAGAAGCAGGAGCCCCUGCCAAUGGAUUCCGAGGCCGAGCAGGCCGUCAUCCUGGAAGGCGGGGCUCCGGCGGGCGUGGGCGGGGUCACCCCGAGGAAAGGCUCGUCCCGGAGGAAUGCCUGGGGUAAUCAGUCAUACGCGGAUCUCAUCAGCCAAGCCAUUGAAAAUUCGCCGGAGAAGAGACUGACUUUAGCCCAGAUAUACGACUGGAUGGUCAAAACGGUGCCUUACUUCAAGGAUAAAGGGGACAGCAACAGUUCUGCGGGAUGGAAGGUAGUGUUUGAAUCCGGCGCGCAGGGCGGCGGCAGCCCCAGCACUCCCUCCGGCUUCAGCAACUCCCUGUUCCAGCCCCAGCCCAGCAGCAGCCCCGGCAGGGCGGGCCCUUUCGGGGGCCACGUGCCCUCCACCUUGGAGGCCCUGCUGACCUCCGACUCGCCGCCCCCCAGCGAUGUCAUGAUGACCCAGGUGGACCCCCUGAUGCCCAGCCAGGGGGCGGCGGCGGCGGCGGUGGCCGGCCUGCUGGUCCUGGGGGGGCCGCUGGGAGGGCGGGGCAAGGCGCCGGGCCAGCACCCGCUGGAGAAGGGCCCGGAGCAGAGCUCUCUGGGGGCCGCGCUGUCCCUGCCGCUGCAGCAACAGCAGCACGCCCUGUCCCAGCUCGGGAACCCAACCCCCCCCCAGCAGCUGGGACUGGGCCUGCCGGUCCCGGGACUGGGUCAGGAUUCUGCCCACCUCUCGGCUCUGAAGGCCCAGCUGGCUCAGGGCCAGGGCAGCCCCUCCGCGGGGCUGUUACUCGCUGGGGGGGCCCAGCCCACCUCCGGCCUUCCCGGGAUGGUACCCUUUGGGAGCUCGGGGUGCUUCCUGCCCGGCCAGGACAAGCUGCCCACCGACCUCGACAUCGACAUGUUUACGGAGAACCUGGACUGCGACGUGGAUUACAUCAUCAACAGUGACCUCAUGGACGGCGAGGGCAUAGAUUUCAACUUCGACCCCAUCCUCAACGCCAGCCAGAGCUACCCCAGCUCCAGCACCACCCAGGGCUCCUCCCACAGCUGGGUACCCGGUUAACCCACCCAGCGCCAGGAAUAGUGCUCUGAAGACGCCCCCUUAAGAACCCCCAAAACAGCAGCCCCCUCCAGAGCAAGAAAUUAGGGGUUCACUGCGGGGACGCACGACACUCCAAUCCCACCUCUUCGCAAGGUCUAUCAGCUGCAAAUCCCCUGUUUAAUUUUGACCUGGGGGUGUGAGGGGGUGGGUAGGUAUUUUUAAGGGUUUUAUUUUUUUUUUUUAAGAAACACAGCCUCAAUUGUGCCAAGUAACAGUUUUCAAGCGGACAGGAGCUCCCCGAACAACGUGUCCGGCCUUCAGCGUCCGGCGAAGAAGGACAGCGGACACUCCGCCCCUGGACGCCCCUGGACGCGUUCGGGUGGAAACGACGGAGGGCAGGGGGCGGCACGGGUGCGAGGCAACGAAGGUGCUUCUCCGUCUCUUGGAAGAACUUUCGCCCCCUCUCCCCUCUGGUGCCCGGGGGCCGGUUUCGGAAAACCGAGUCGCCGCGUCUCUUCGUCUGGCCGAGGGGCGGAGUAAUAGUUGGAAACAAAAACCCGACAGUUGGACGUUUAAGAUUCAGCAGUGGGUCCAUCCCCUUGCCGAUUCGGGGAGCGAUAUGGUGCUCGCCGGGGGGUAGCACUUCCUGCAGCAGCGGGGAGCGCUUCAGGUCAGGGGUCGCAGAUGGAGGUGUAUCAACCGCGGCUGAACAGCGCGAGAUCAGCGGAGUCAUAACCAACCUCUGCCGUAGCGGAAUUCCCAUCAGUCUGACCCCUAACCCUGGGGCUGUGCGCAGAAGAGAUCUUGUUCCAUCUGCAACACGCCAGAAACGCGUCGGCAACUGGUUGGUUGUCCAUUUCCAGUGUCAUCCUGCCACCCCUAAGCUGAAGUCUGACCACGGUGAUCCUGCUGCAGGUGCCCCCUCAGUUUCUCAGACCCUUCUGUGUAAAUAGCGGUCCAGGUUACCUCGAUAAAGCGCCUUCAUUGUGCGGGCUGCACUUUUCCCACGAGGAUCUCUUAUUUAUCCGGGAGACGCCUGGCUGUGUUGGUGGCCCUGUGCGUGUGUGUGGUCUAGUUCGCCCUCCCAGCCUGUGUGUGUGUGUCUGUGUGUGUGUGUGUGUCCGGGAGCGCAGGAGCCUGCAGCCAGGGAUUUGAAGGACCGGGUCGCUCGGCCUUGGGUACGAGCUCUCCUCUGGGUCGUUAAAUCCCCUGGGGGAGCUCCUCGCCUUCCGGAGCACGAAGGACUCGCCCAGGAGCGCCGCCCGGACAGCAGACUCUUCCCAGCUCGCCUGCAGACGUGGGGAACGCCGGAGUCACUCCCGUGCCCACGCCCUGCUCUCCUCUUUCGAAAGAGACUGCGACAGACGGUGUUUCUGCUGGAUCUGGACGUUGCGUUGGGGGUACGUCUAGGGGCGCCCAGACCCGGGAGGCGUCCGGAAUGAGGCCCGGGGGCACUUGGCGUCCAGAUGCCCCGUCGGAUCUGUGCCGAGGCCCGGAAUUCCCUUGGAAAGGGCGUUGCUUCCGGAAAUGUGUUCUGCUCACAUCCAGCCUCCCAGUCUGCGGCGCGGCGCACAGUGGAAGGAGGCGCUAAAGUGGAAUCGCGUUUUUUCCUAAAAAAAAAACUCGAGAGUGCGUAAUUCUCUCAAACAAAAUGGGCAUUCUAGGAACCUCUAUGUUCCGAGGUGAUGGGUGAUGGGAUACCUACCCUUUUUUUUUUUUACUUCAGGGGAUUCCAGUGCCCCAGAUUAAUGCAACUUAAUGCCUACAAGGCAGGUUCUAGAACGUUCUCGAAUCGUUUGGUUCUAGAAGUCCACCCAGCUGCAGGGCUGUAGGCAAAACAGCUGCAGAAAAAAAACGAAAAGGUUUAGAUUAGUGGUCUUCAAGACAUGCAAUGUUCACAAGAAAAGGAUAAGGUACCAUUCUCUUUCAGCAUUUUGUAUUUUUUUUUUUACAAAUAGAAAAACAAGGCAGCUCUAGAAAGAUAUUUUAAAGUCCCACAUUAAGGAGGGGGCAGUGUGAGCUGAAUUUGAAAAAAAAUGAAAUAUUUUCUACAACUGAUUACUUUUUUUUCCACAUACUAACGUUUUUUUUGUAAGAAAUGAAUUCAGAAAAACUAAACAAAAGCUAUAUUUGAUGAUAAUUUUAAUAGAAGAUACAGUUGGAGGGUAUCUAAAAAUGACAUUAACAAAUAUAACUAUAUUAAUAGGAAAGAAAUCAGAGCAGAAUUUCAGAUCAUUUUUAACGAUCAUUUUCUAUAUAGUCUUUUAUUUUGUAAAAGAUGAAAUACAUGUAGAUUUGUACAUAACCAAAGGAACACUAAUUCACUGCGUUCAACAUGGGAGCAAUGCAGACAAAAGUAUUUCAGCAUUUAUAAGCUUAAACAUUUGCUUAAAAAAUAAAUAUACGGAGAGGCAUUAAAACGCAACGAAAGGGUCAGACUUGGAAGCUUUUGUAGUGUCUUGAAUGUCUUGUUAUAAAUCAGGUGCCCUAGUUGGGGUUCAGGAGUGUUGGUGUAUCUGCAGGUCUUCAGGCAAGCUGGGCCUUAAAUGACCCAAGUCAGCUCGUUAUUGGUUGAAUUGGACCGAUUUAAGAGCUCCUCCGAGCUCUUCAGGUGCUGCUGCUCCAGAGAGACCCAGAACCCCUGCAGACACAUCGCCCCCUUCAGGCCAGGACCGAGGGCCCCCUGGUGCAGACCGAGAGGCAUCAACGUUUUUUUUUUUGCAACGUUUCGCAUGCCUCUCGGUCUACGAGGAGAGCCGAAGCAGGCGCCUAGGGGCAACUCGCUAGCCCGAGAGGCAGCCUAUUUCACAGUGAACAAAAGAGCUUUCGACAGCGAGGCUACCAGCGGUGUAGCAGAGGACGAACAGAAAGGACAAAGAACAAACCAGUCAAACUCAAACUCUGGCCCUCUCGGACACUGGAGUUGCAUUGCUCUGCUGGCGGCGGCGAACUCUUAGUGCGCCUGAGAGUAGGUUUGUUGUGUUCCUAGCAUGGCAGGAAAGCUGCCUUCCAGUUUCUGCAUUUUAAAAGUGACUUAAAGGGUGUCAAGCUUUGAGCAGACAAAAAACAAACUUGCAGAGGUUCCAACCCAGUCAACGUGUUGGGUCAGAUUGGGUUUAAGUACAGAGUUGAGCUGCCAUGAGUGCCAGCAGGUGUGGGGGUCCCCAGGACCCUCCUGCCCCCCCAAUUUCCCCUCUCCUUUUCCCCUCCCACAAGUGAACUGGGAGAGUUGCUCAGUCGCCAGUGUGGAACCACAGUUCAGAGGCCCCAGGCCAACAGUGGCAGGCCUGUGUGUGAAUGGGGUUCCCCCUUACUCCAACACUGCGAGGCCAAAACUCUGGUCUUUUGUAUUCUUUCCACAUGAAAUUUGCCCCUCUACGGGAGCGAGCUGCCUGUCUCUUGUUUGAGAUGUGACACGAUCAGGACGGAGCAGUCUGGAAGAUUUUACUAAGUUGCAUGCACAAAGAAACAGCACUUGCGGAAAUCCAUUUGGCACUUUUCGGACUCAGUAGGCCACGCAGUCCAGGUGUUGCUUGGCUAAAAAUGAAAAAGAAUGAAUAGUUCUCUUGUUGCAGCUGUAAAGUUGGUCCCUGGUAUGCCUUCUGUACAACUUCUUUAUUUUUAAGCAAAUGUUCGUUACACCUCAGUACACAAACUUUUAAUAAUCUCAGAUAGGCUGCAUUUUGAGUUAGCCAUUAACUCUCAGGGUGGUUAAAAUAAUCAUGCUAAAACAAUGUAGGAGACUGCAAUCAUUAUAGAAAAAACAAGGCAAUAGGUUCUAUAAAGGAUAAACUUUAAAAAGGGAGAAUCUCUUAUUUGCUUCUGAAAUUUGCAAAGCAUUUCUUUGUUUACAUUUUAAAAAAAGACAAACGGAUGCAUUGUAGCAACUUUUGAGCGACGGAUGAGCUUUUUCAUGUGUUUUUUUUUAUUAUUAUUUCUGGCUUGUAGUGAAUUGCCAGUCUGUAAAUAGCACUAGUGGGACGAUUAGAAUUGGCUGUGCUCGCUGACGUUUUUCAGUUGCCCUUCUCUGCUCACGGACAGAGUAUUUAGAAAGGGCUGGACCAGAGCGUCCUAGCUGGGGGCAGGAGGUUCGCCGAGCAGCUCAGUGAGGAGUCGGAAGGUUUUCCCCGGCCCCUGAGGGCCACUGUGGCGGGGUCGGGGGGGCCCAGCAGGUCUGCCUGCAGGGAAGAUGCUGGUGCCGCUGGAAACAAACAGCCGAGAGCCCCAGCAGGACAGGGGCGGAGGUUGGGGCGUCCCGGUGGUGGAAUGGGUAGAAAUAGAGGAGGAGGGGAGGGUGUGGUUGGGGUUUUUUUUUUAGAAUCCUAAAAUAUCUCAUUGCACUUAGAAAAAGAAAAUCCCAGAUUCCUUUUGUUUUUUUUAAAUAAAACUUUUCUGUAGUGACGCCUGGAAAACUUGCACCCAGUCUCCUCCGCGGUGUAGGAGGUGGUGGUGGGGGUGUCCUGCCCUGCAGAAGUGGGGGGCGCGCAGUGCUGCAGCCAGGCCAGCUGGCUCGGACCUGCAGCUCGGAUUGCCAAGGUCAGCGAGGCUCUUCCCAGCCGGCAGCACGCGUGGUCCGAGGUGUUCCCAGUGUGGCAGUCUUAUCGGGUCUGGCAGCUCUGUUUAAUUUGAGGAAGCCGUCUUUCGUUUUGCAACGAUUUGGUGCCCCUCGGAGAAGCCUUAUAAUGAACACUUCUGAAUGACCCCCGUCGUGCACAGACUUAAGCUGAGAUGUUAUGCUUUAUCUGGUCUGGUUUUCUUUUUGAUUCCCGAAGGUAGCGGAUAGCUUGGGAACUGAAGCUCGUCUCCUUUGAAAUCCUUGUCAGUGUCCUAGCAGGAUGUGUUUGGAAAUCCUCCACUGGCUGAACUUUUCCCAGUUCGCGAUGGGAGGGAGGUGUCCGAGAUCCGUUGAGAACGUUGAGGCUAGAAUCUGGUUACAGGCAAAAUCUUAAGCGGUGGUUGGUGAGACCUAAAGAUUAGAGUCCCUUCAGCCUUACAGAAAUCAGCUCCAUCAUGGAAGGUCCCACUCCAGAGCGCCUUGAAGAUCCCUUUAUACUGUACCUUCAGCACCAGAAACUGCGGAAGGCAGCUCAUCUGGCCUGGUUUAGCUCAUAAUAGGUCGAUGAGGUAUUUAAGAACUCCGAUGGGGGAUGAAAACCUCCAGACACAAAAGGCCUUCCAAGGCUGGAGCUGUGCUCCUCUACUUUAAACCAGACCUGUUCAGCACCUGUUCUCGCAGGUCUCGUCCCCCCAGAGUGGGACAUGGAAGUCAGCACAGCCUCACCUCCGCGAUAUUGCGUUUCCGGGCUGUAGUCCUUUAGACCAGCGUGCUCAAAAGACCGUUCCCCUCGUCGUGUUCUUAACUGUCGGUACAUGAUUUUUUUCUCCUCAUCCCGAGACAUGUCUGUGAGCAUGUUUUGUGAGAUUAAACUGGUAAAGAUUUUUAAAUGGAAUGAAUGCAAAACCCCUGUGUUGCGAGUUCCCUGAGACAGGAUAUGGGAGGUUUUCUAAUUUAACACAGAGGGGGGGGGGGUGGAUUUGAUUUUUGUUUUACCUGGACUAAUGCCCUAGCUUCACAAAGACAUUUCGCAUGAAAGUCACCUGUGAGUCAUAGAUGAGUUUCCAAGUCUGAAAUAAAGAAUAGCAAAAGUUACUUUACGACCGAAGUCCCAGGACCAGCUGUGAUCCAGGCUGAUGAACUUCCCCGACUAAAGCAUAAUUCAUAUUAUUUUAUAAAAACAUAUUUUCUCGACACUGGGGCCUCAAGCGAACAUAAACAGGGUGUUUUGAAGUUCAUUGGCAGUGUGAAUACUCAAGAAGUUAACAUUUUAUUUAGUCUUUGACAUGCGUAGGAAGACUAAUUUCAGUACAGGUGAAAACUAUAAUUUCUCAUUUUGCAAAUCGGGGAAUCCCUUUUCCUGUUCAGUCGAAAGCCGUGCAGUGUUAACUCUUCAGGACUUUUAGACUGUGUGUGUGUGAGAGAUGGGGGAGAGACUGUGGACAUUUUUACCCUUGAAACACUGCAGGUCAGCUCCACCUGACAGCAUGUGCAGGCGAUCAGCCUUGCUGGCGGAGUUUGGGCAGGUGUGUUGAUGUUCACCUUUCUCUCCCUGUGUUUUGUAUUCCUUUUUUUUCUUUUCAGCAGGGUGAAAAGUAGUGUGUAGCUUUGAAAGAAAACUGUUAUCAUCCCAUUGCAUUCUGCAUCAGUUUUAGUCAUUGCAGGUGAAGUAAAGUUAGUGUGGUGGGAUGUCUGUGGUGUGGUGGAUUCAGGGUUGUGCACAGCCAAUACAUGUUAAAUUUAAUCUGCGACCUUAAUUCAGAUGCAUUAGCUGUUAUCCUCUCUAAAUCUCACUUUACAUAUUGUAAAGUAUCCAGAAAUGUCUGACAAAGUCCAAGAAAGGAAAUUUUGCUGUUAACACAAUAAAAUAAUUUUUUAUUGAGUA